UUGUGAGUUUUAGUCCAACUUGUUGAAGAUGUUAUCUGGCAGUGAGAAAAAGAAGCAACGAGCGCACUAUCUUAAUGAAAAAUCAAAAUAGAAACAGCAGUGUUGCUAAUAAAUUCGUUGAGAAUGAGAAUAAAGUUUGAUCAAUGGUUACGAAAUUUGUUAGUAGUGAUAGUAGAAUUUUACCUCCUGGGUAAAAGUGGUUGGGAAAUUUAACUUUAGAAAUUGGUGAGUGGUAAGUGGUAACAGUGGGCGAUGGCAUGGCGUUGGCGAUUGGGGAGGGAGUAGGGAGGAGACAUUAGCGAUGCACGUGUAUUAUAAAGGAGGGAAGAAAAUAAUAAAUGAAAAGAGAAAAGGUGGAUGAGAGAGGCAUAAAUAAGAUGAAAAGGGAAGCGGAAAAGGAGGAAAAAUUGGGAGAAAAGUUAAGGCGAGGGGUAUUGGUAGGGAAAAGCAAGGCCCCGUGCACUCCAGUGUUUUACGCACAUCAAUUCCAUUCUCUCUCUGCUAGAAACCUCGCCGCGGCUCUCUGGGAAUUCAACCAACUCUUUCAAAUGCAUCGUCCUGCCAAUAACGCCGCCGAUCCGACCCUCCGCCGCCGCCAUUACAUCCUCCAUAGGGACAAGGCUCCGGACACCUCCAACUUCCUUGCUGAUGCUUCUCCCACUUCCCUUGAUCAGCCAGCCAGUGCGAGCAGUUUGAGGAGGCAUGUUGCAGCAACUCUAAUGCAGCAUCAUCGGGCAAAUGAGAGAAAUAACCAUGCACUACAACCUUUAUCUCCUGCGAGUUACGGUAGUUCCAUGGAGAUGACACCUUAUAAUCCUGCAGCCACUCCUACUAGUUCCUUGGAAUUUAAGGGAAGGAUUGGGGAGCCGCAUUAUAGUCUCAAAACAUCUACUGAACUCCUAAAAGUGCUAAACAGAAUAUGGAGCUUGGAAGAACAACAUGCUUCCAACAUUUCACUGAUAAAAGCAUUAAAAUCAGAGCUAGAUCAUGCUCGUUUCCGGAUCAAAGAGUUGCUUCGAGAUAGACAAGCAGAUCGACAUGAGAUCGAUGACCUGAUGAAGCAAAUUGCAGAGGAUAAAUUGGUUCGGAAGAGUAAGGAGCAGGAUCGACUCCAUGCUGCUGUUCAAUCUGUGAGGAAUGAACUUGAGGAUGAGAGGAAAUUAAGAAAACGGUCAGAGAGCAUACACAGGAAGCUAGCUCGGGAUUUUUCUGAGUUGAAGUCCUCUCUGACUAGCGCUCUAAAAGAAUUGGAUCAAGAGAGAACAAGAAGAAAACUAUUAGAGAACCUCUGUGAUGAAUUUGCCAGGGGAAUAAAUGAAUAUGAACAAGAGGUGCAUACUCUGAAACACAAGUCCGAUAAGGAUUGGGUUCAAAGGGCUGAUCACGAUCGAUUGAUCCUCCACAUAUCUGAAUCAUGGCUGGACGAACGUAUGCAAAUGCAGCUGGAAGCAGCUCAGAAUGGAUUUCUGGAUAAGUCCAUAGUCGAUAAACUAAGCCUUGAAAUAGAGACAUUCCUUAAAGCUAAACAAAAUAGUAGGAGUACAGAAAAUAUAGCUGUAAGAAAUCGCCGUAAUUCCUUGGAAUCUGUUCCACUGAAUGAUGCUGUCAGUGCACCUCAAGAGGUGGGUGAUGAUGAUGAUUCUGUGGGUAGUGAUUCAAAUUGUUUUGAGUUGAACAAGCCAAAUAACAAGGGAUCUAAGGUACAUGAAGAAGAGCCUGAUGACAAAAAUUUUGAGGAGACAUUGAAAACCAACCACACAAAGAAAAAACCAGUACCACGAGAAGGGUUAAAACAUCGUAGCCCUUCUAGCCUGCAAGUGAAGUUUGAAGAGCAGAUAGCAUGGGCCAUGUCAUCUGAUUCACAUAAGAAGUCCCAGUCAAUUGAUGCAGAGCAGGGUAAGACCACAAAUACUAGGCUUGUUGAAGGGACUAUAUCUGAAAAGUCUGAACACUUUGAGAUUAACGAAAAUGAUGGUUCUGAGAGAAAAAAUAACCCCAGUGAAUUGCACAGCUCCAAUAAAAAUCACAUUAUUGAUAAUCUCAUAAGAGGUCAACUUUUGGCAUCAGAAGGUGGCAAUAUGCAUGCUGAAAAUAAUUACGGUGAGGCUUCCUGCAGCAAUGCUGGGUGGAGGAAUCAAGCAAGCCCUGUGAAGCAGUGGAUGGCAAAACUCGCAUCCCAAGACCUUGACAUAUCGGAGGCUUCUAAAGUGCCUUCAGGAUCAAAGGAGAGUAAUACUUUGAAAGCGAAGCUUCUUGAAGCUAGGUCCAAGGGGCAGAGAUCGCGAUUAAAAGCCUUGAAAGGGUCCUUUUAGAGGUUGUUUAGCAUAAACAUGUUGGAGAAUUCGGGUAGGUAAUAAGUUGUUGGGGAAUUUGCAUCCAGAUGAUGUUUGGUCAUUACACUUCCCUCGCGUCUCUUCCUUUCAUGUUUCUGCUUUGUUCAUAAAUUUUACUUUUUUAUCUGUAACAUAUUUCUCCUUGGGAUUUUAUUCUCUAUACUACUGUAGAUGUUGUCAUAUCAUGUAGCUACAAGAAUCGGAUCGAGUUUUGAGAAGUGAAAAACAAAUACAAUUUUGGUUCA